GUCGCGACCCCCGGCGCCCCGGAUGGGGAAGGAGGCGGGCGGCCGCCCUUCCCGGCCGCGCAGCCCUAGGAAUUGCAGGCAGGAACUUGGCCUAGCCUGGGUUGCCGCCUUUGAAAGCGAGGCAGGUCGGUGCAGUGUCAGCCACCACCCGGCAUGGGAUUUCCAGAGAGGUCUUAUUUCGGAACUUUAUAAGGAACGAGAACCAUGUGGACUUCUGCGAGGGAGACUGAGCUGGCCUGAGUUUGAUGGAGAGGAUAAUGGGGACCCAGCCUGUAGCUGACACUGAGGAGGCCAAGUGGCAGAAGGUCCUGUACGAGCGACAGCCGUUUCCCGAUAACUACGUGGACCGGCGUUUCCUGGAAGAGCUCCGGAAAAACAUCCACGCCCGGAAGUACCAGUACUGGGCCGUGGUGUUCGAGUCGAGCGUGGUGAUACAGCAGCUGUGCAGCGUCUGUGUGUUUGUGGUCAUCUGGUGGUAUAUGGAUGAGGGCCUUCUGGCCCCCCAGUGGCUCUUUGGGACCGGCUUGGCCUCUUCACUGAUUGGCUAUGUUUUGUUCGAUCUCAUUGACGGAGGUGAAGGACGGAAGAAGAGAGGCCUGCUGUCCAUUAGUGCUGUGGGAGCCAUCCUCUUUGCCCUUCUGCUGUUUUCCAUCUCUUGUCUCUGCCCUUUCUACCUCAUUCGCCUGCAGCUUUUUAAAGAAAACAUUCAUGGGCCUUGGGAUGAGGCUGAAAUCAAAGAAGACUUGUCCAGGUUUCUCAGCUGAGUUAGGGACUUCCAUUCGGUUCUUAAGGGAAGCUGAUAGACUAAUCUCCCAGCUCAUACAAGAUUUGAAGGCAGAAUCCCAUUCUGGAAGCAACAUACUAUUGUGGGUGGGGGAACAGAGAUCAAAAGAAAAAGCUAACCAAGGGCGUGAGUGAUGAAGGUGUUUUUCUUUCUGUUACUUUGUGGAUGAAAAAGCUUUCUGGGACCCUCUUGAAUUACUGCCUCAUUAUUGCUGUAACAAAGGAAGUGAUGUGGUUUCUAUUAAAAAAAUAACAACACAUCCAU